AUGAGUAAACAAGACCUCAAACCCAACCAUGACCUCUCCACUCCCUCUAUCGAACUUUCCAACGGCCAAGUCGCCGUAACAGGCCUCCCCAAUGCGCCAAUGAAACAGAACUUUAGCAUACUCAGCAUCAUCGCGGUAGGUUACAAUAUCUCCAACAGCUGGGUUGCCAUCGCGGCCAGUUUCGCCAUCGCCAUCCAGUCCGGCGGGGCUGUGACCUUGCUCUAUGGGAUCAUUCUCGUUUCCGCCGCUAUGCUCUGUACAGGCCUGACACUUGCUGAACUUGCAAGUGUCUACCCCACUGCAGGUGGGCAAUAUCAUUUCACCUCGAUCUUGGCUACAAGUCGUUGGAGUCGCAGUUUAUCAUAUUCCAGUGGGCUGGCAGCCGUAUUCUCAUGGAUUACGCUGAGUGCAUCUAUUGCAUUAUCGUCGGCUAAUGUGCUCAUGGCCAUCAUAAUCCGGUGGCGGCCGGAAUAUCAACCUGAAACAUGGCACUAUUUCCUUGUGUAUCAAGCGAUGAAUAUUGUUAUGGUUCUUUAUAACAUAUUCCUCACGAACAAGACGCUGUGGGUCUAUAAUCUUGGUUUCCUCCUUUCAAUAUCCACUUUUCUCGCCAUAACAGUUACCUGCCCCGCUCGCUCCUCCAUCCAAAUCGACUCUGCACACGUCUGGACACAAUUUGCCAAUGGAUCUGGCGGCUGGCCAGAUGGUAUCUCCUUCUUGACGGGUCUUUCCACCCCUCAAUUCAUGCUUUCUGGUCUCGACGCAACGCUCCAUCUCGCUGAAGAAUGUCUUCAACCGGAACGCAUUGUUCCCAAAGCAGUUAUUGUAACUGUAUUCGUGGGGUUCUUGACCGCAUUUCCCUUCUCUGUCGUCAUAAUCUACAGUUUCAAGGAUGUGGAGCUCUCCCUCACAACUCCAACUGGGUUUCCUAUCUACUUUAUUUGGGAAAAGGCCACACAUUCCCCAGCAGCCGCGACAAUCUUCAUGGCCUGCAUGCUCACUAUAUCCUGUGUAGCCCUAAACGCAGUACACCAAACCUCAUCCCGACUAACAUGGUCUUUUGCCCGAGACGAAGCACUUUUCUACUCGCAUAAGUUAGCCUCUGUUAGCCCUACACUCGGGGUACCUGUAUACGCGAUCCUUCUUGAUGGACUAUGCGUUCUGCUACUGGGAGUUGUUUAUGUUGCAUCUUCCAACGCAUUCAACGCCUUCAUAAGCACUACAGUUGUCGUCGCGCAAAUAUCUUACGCCAUCCCCUCCGCGCUUCUUCUGUACCGUCGUCGCUCGUCGGAUUACCUCCCUCCAUCGAGGCCAUUCAAACUAAUGAAUGCAAUUGGUUACAUUGUCAACAUCACAACGAUUGUGUGGGCUGUUGUGUUGACUAUCUUUUUCUCGUUUCCAACUGUCUUACCAGCUACAGGUGGGAAUAUGAACUACACUUCCGUGGUGCUUGUUGCAAUGCUAGUUCUUGGGGUCGUAAACUGGUUUGCAUAUGCACGGAGGCAUUAUCAUGGGCCGAGAUUAGAACUAUGA